UAAUAGAAUUUGUUUUUAUUUUUCGAUUUCUAAAAAAUUUGGAAAAGGAAAGACAAAACGAAUUUGGUUUUGUGAACUUCAUUUAAGUAAAACUUAAAAAAAUGACUGAACGAUUUUUAAAUUGGUGUAUAUCAAGAAGAGGACGUAAGGCUGCUUCUUUUAUGGCGGCUGGAUUAAUUGGAGGUGUUGCAUUUGCUCAUAUGGCACCUCACACUAUAUUAAUUGAGUAUUAUGUAGAUUUUCUUCAUCAUUAUAGAAAAGGCUUUGCUGUACCUCUUAGCGCUGAAACCAAAGAAAAAUUUCAGAAAGUAUUGGAUAUAUUGGAAGUAAAUCCAGAAAGAAGGCCAUUCUAUCAACCUUUCAACAUAGUUGGUUUUCAUGUUGGUGGGAUAGGCUCAUCAUUUGGUAAAUGGGGUAUUCGAAUUGGAAUUCCUGCUAAUUUUUCCUAUAAAACAGAAACAGAUGUUGAUAUAUCUCGAAUUACUUUAGGUGGAGAAAAAUUGGCCUCUUGGGAAACGGAAGCUGGAAAAAAGUUGUUGAAAUCACUCAUCAUUUCAGAAAAUGCUCAGAAUUUCGCGAUAGCUAGAGAAAUUAAAAUGAGGGAAACUCCAAAACUGAUGAUCGAUACAUUUUUUGCAACAACCUGUUCCUUUGCUACUUAUGCCCUUUCACGUUCGAUCAACACAACUUAUAACUUAUAUGCUAAACCUUUAGUAGUUCGGUUAAUUAUGUAUUCUUUAGUAACUUGUUUUACACUAGGUAAUUAUUUCUUUGUGAAAGACUAUAGUCAGGUGCAUUAUGAACAAAUAAUUGAUAAAGAAUUAAAAGAAAAAUCCCCUGAAUUAGCUGAAGGGGGCAAGGAAUAUUAUACAAAAUUAUUACUGAGAAAUAUUUGUCUGAGAUCCAUUUUAGGAAAAGAAGGUGAAAGAUUGUAUAGUCCAUUAGGAAAUGAGAAUAGUUUCAUAAGAAUGAAAACGUUACCCUUAAUGCAAAGGAGAGAGUUUUUUGAAUAAAUUAAUAUAUGUGUUAUAGUACA